ACACUCAGUAAAAUAAAGCGAGUGAAAAUGUUGGAGGAUUCACAGAGAUCCGAGUUACAUGAUCCUACCGUAUCCACUUAUGAAGCGUUAAAGUGUUCACUGCAUUUCGUCACUAUCGAUACGUUAUAUGAUGUUUCAUUAGGCAUGUAUGAUUUAGAACUCGCAAUGUUUAUAGCUUUUGAAUCAUCGAAAGAAGAUCCCAAAGAAUAUAUUCCAUUCUUGAAUAAUUUGAAAAAAUUGGACCCAAAUUACAUGAAGUAUUCUAUUAAUAUGCAUCUUAAACGUUACGAAUUAGCGUUAAAAUAUUUGUCUAAAGAUUCAACUAACAAUAAGUUUGAGGAAUGAUUAAAUUUGAUACGUAGUCAUAAAUUAUACCAGGCGGCAAUAAAAUUGUUUGAGAAGAAUACUAUAGAGUAUAAAAAGGUGGCUGAAGUUUAUGGAGAAUUUUUGUCAAGUGAAGGAAAAUAUGUGGAAGCUGGUUUUAUAGAAGUGGCGAUCUUGACAAAAAGUUGUAGAAACAUUUAGAAUGUUAAAUGAUAAUUGGGAGGAUAUAAUCGCAAUAUCAAAAGAGAUGAAACUACGGUAAAGAUAUACAAUUUUUUUUCGUAUAUGCAUGAAAGAAUAUUAUCCUAUCAUCGUUAGAAUUAAUUACAUAUGC